CUAGACUAUUGUACCGUACGCACUCACUUGCUAUACUGUAAAACACAUCUGAACGAAAGCUUUAUAUCACAUUUGCGUAUAGUUAUGAUCAUUAUUGAUUUUAUACUUCUUUAAAAUGCAUCUAAUGUUAGUUAUGUACGAGUUACUCUGUAAAUCACUAUAUCUAUACUUCUGGACUUAUCGGUUGUCAUUUGGGAUUCAGCCCAAUCUCUUCCCUCACCGUCAGGCAAAAUGUGAUGCUGAUUUUAGCCUUUAGGCUUUCGCUGUUACGGCGUUUACAUUGGUAUUUACGCGUUUAGUUUUAAUUUUCGUUAAGUGCUUCUAUUUGUAUUCAUGGUUUGAGUUCUUUGGUUUACUGUGGUUUUGUAACUUCGCUUCACAUAAGGUUUCCUAAGGGAUGCGCCGGUUUGCAUCCUCAGCGACAUCCUUAAAGCGCUGGGAUGGAGUACGAGGAUCUGUUGAAUGAGCUCCGUGAUGUGGGUGAUCUACGCUGGAUUCUCUCUCCGCAUGGUCCAUCGCAAACCCCCAGUACUCCCUCGGAAGCGAUAAAAGAGUACGUUUUCAACAGCGAUCGCGUUCGCGACGUGAUUACCCGGCUAAGCACGGCCAGUACUCCUUUAUCGCCCGAUGGCCUCCCUCAGGAACCCCCUACCCCCGACGCCCUUCGCACGAAAGUGCGAGCGAUUCUGGAUGAAAUGGGCCACCAGUAUAACAUGAAGUAUGUCCGUCUAAUGGGCUACGUCCUAAUUAAGGCGGUGCGGCGGAUGUACGAUCAUGUAUGGGUUAACACAGAGACACUUCACGAAAUGCAGUCAAAAUUCUCCGAUCCCAGUGUCCCGAUAGUCCUGAUGCCUACACAUCGUAGUUAUGCGGAUUUUUUAUUAGUAUCCUUUGUGGCAUUUCACUAUGCGCUGCCGUUGCCCAUCAUCGCAUCGGGGAUUGAUUUUCUGGGGAUGUUUGGUGUGUCGCAAGUGUUGCGACGUGCGGGUGCCUUUUUCAUACGGCGUUCAUUUGCGGAUGACAUUCUUUAUCGCACGGUGUUCUCCGAGUAUAUCCAGGCCGUGGUGUGCGGAUUGCAGCCGCUGGAGUUUUUUGUGGAGGGUACACGGAGUAGGAGUGGGAAAUCCCUUUAUCCGAAAUUUGGUCUGCUGCAGACAGCAGUGGAAGUAUUUCUACGCGGAAAAGUCUCGGAUAUUACCGUGGUUCCAAUUAGCAUCACAUAUGAGCGCACACUGGAGGAAUUUCUCUAUGCUAGGGAAUUGUUGGGUAUACCUAAGCCCCGCGAAUCGACUUCCGGUUUGUUAAAAGCGCGGAAAGUGCUGGGGGAUUGUCACGGGAGCAUUUGGUUCCAUAUGGGACGGGGGAUCAGCGUGCGGGACUUCCUUACCGGCAGAGUAGACCGGAGCUUGUAUGGUGUAGUGCCGCGUAGCCGUAUCGUCAUGGAUGCAGUGGACACCCCGUUUAUUAAAGAUCUAGCAAUAGCCGUAAUCAGGGAACAGCAGUCCAGCAUUAAAGUCCACAACUGGGCUGUUCUGGCUACGGUUUUAUUGCAUCGCCUACGGAAAAGCGAAACUUUCUUCGCGGUAUCGUCCAUUCUCCAGGAAUGCAACGAUUUUUUAGUGCUGGUUAGCCAUACCGCGGCCGAUCAUGAGAGGCGGCAAGAUUUUACUCAGGAUUCUUUGACAAACUGUUUGCGAAUUCAUGGUAAUGUGAUUCGUUACGGAGCAGACACAACUGUGCUGGAAUUUCAACCAAAUCUUUUAAGCCAUCUCGAUGUGCUCCAUAUCCUCCUGGCACAUUAUCGGAACCAUGCAGUUCACCGUGUGAUAGUCCAGGCGUUUCGUGUUCUAGUCAAAAAAGUCAGUUGGUGCAGCGGUGAUCCAGGCCGUUUUCUCUGUCGGUUGUUCUCUCGAGAGUUCGCUCUGGAUAGCAAGAGCCUGGGCCCAUGCGUACCGGUGGAGCCGCCCACACCCGACUACUUGUGCGCAGCUAAAUGGAAGCCGAGUGAUCCGCAGUCCCUACUAGAAUCCAUAGCGGAGCCUUUCCUAAUUGGUUAUGAUAUUCUUCUGCAUGUGAUGCAAAGCAGUUUGUUCGCUACACGAUCUGUUUUCCGGACACCAAAGGAGUUGGGUUUGCUGUUACAGAAAGCGGUAUGUACGUUGUUGGACAUGGGUAUUUAUGGAGGCUGUGAAAUCUUGUCAUCGGAUCUCAUAUCGAACUGCAUUCAGGCGCUGAAACCGAUGGAUGCGUUGUUGGUGCGCGACGGACAGCUGGUUCUAAAUCGUCGAGUGAUUGUUGAUUUGACCUUCCAGUUGAAUACAUUCAUUCCCGUUGAAGCGGUUUUGAAUAUUACUGAUACGGUGGAGAAAGCGUUUGGUCAUAUAGCGUUUGGUGCAAAAAUUUGAGUGAGUUCUGCAGUGUUGUUUAAUAUCACGGUUUGUUCACUGGCCUUCUAAUUUUUGGCAGUACAAUACAUAAAUUGAACAUUGCAAUGGCAUAUGAAGCCGACAAUAAAAAUGGCGUGCACAUUUUGCCGCUCGGAUUUCAUUUGUUUUGCUACUAUUGAAAAUGGGAAGU